CUCCAAACAGUGUGCAGCCUUGAACAGCGCCACAUAUCAGCCAUACACCACACAUAGAAGAGAUCAGACAACAUGGUGAUCAACUACAGCAAAUGGGAUGCUCUCGAGCUCUCAGAUGACAGCGACAUCGAAGUGCACCCAAACGUCGACAAGAAGUCCUUCAUUCGCGCAAAGCAGGCCCAGAUUCACCAAGAGCGUGACCACAGGCGACACCAAAUCAAGACACUCAAGUACGAGCGCAUAAUCAACGAUGGCCUCACCACGCGCAUCGACCGCCUACUCACAGCCUUGAAGUCACAUAAGGAUAAGCUCGCAGAUGGAGCAAACGAAGACCAACUGGUAUUUCAGGCGAUGAUGGAGAGCAUGCUGGACAUGCAGGAGAACGCACCACCGCCACCACCUGAGGGCGUGCAUGAGCACAUCAAGGACAAGCCUACAUAUCCCCAGAUGAUGGCCAGCAUGGUGGACAUUGUGAAGAAGGAAAUCGACGCAAGCAAGAGCACGGAUUCGCGGUACGAUCAGUUCAUUGCAGGACUACACAAGGAGAAGGAGCGAGUAGAGGACCUCCAGAAGCAGUUACUCGCGAAGCUGGCAGAGCUCGAGAAGGAAGAGAAGAGGCACAUCACAAGCGACGACAUCAAGGAAGGCUUCAGCCACUCCGCCGUUAUGAAGGGGGACCAGAAGAAGCCCGCCACAGCAUCCUCAUCCACAUCGAAAACAGAAACUGUCGAACUGCUCAAUGCCCCCAAGCGCCCUGAAGCCACACGCACCGACACAGGCGACUCGGGCGCAGACGCCGACAUCGAAGAAGGCACCGCCGCCGCCGACGACGACAACGUCGAAGCUUCCCCGCUCGCCAAGAAGUUCGCCGCCAUAAAAGCAGGUGACUGGUACGCCUGCCUCCAAUUCCUCAUGCAACACUCUGAGAUUCUAAAAGAAUCCGAAACCGACGGCCUGCUCGUCGAGGCCUUCAACUCCGAACUCGACGGCAAGCCCAAACACGCCCGGCAAUGCGUGCACCAAGGCCUGCUGCUGCAGUACUGCCGACAACUCGGUGGGCGCCAGGGCGUGGAAUUGUUCUUCAAGCGCAUACAGUCCAAGGACCACCAGGCGAGCAAAAUGUUCAACGAUGAUGUAGAUCAGACCUAUCACAGGAUCAAGACGCGCGCCGCUGAGAUCCUCAAAGAGCGCGCCGAGAACCCCGCGGGAGCUGAGGGCGUCGAGCAAAUCCAACUCCACGCCGUCGACCCAGGCACCACAAUCAACAUCCAAGUCCCGCCCGAGAAGUCGACGGCCGAAGACCCGCGCGAGCGCGAGAUCGAGAUCAUGGCGCGCGGCAUCUUCGAGACGUUUCCACCAGGCUUGCAACGAGCCCUGGAGACGGGCAAGCUGGAGGAGAUUAACAAGGUUUUGGCGAAGAUGAGUGUCGAGGAGGCAGAGGAGGUGGUGGAGAAGUUGGGUGAAGGGGGGAUGUUGAGUGUGGAGCAGGGUGUUAUUGAUGCGACGACUGAGGAGGGGCAGAGGACGUUUGAGGAGAUUGAGAGGAGUAGAAGGAUGCCGGGGGAUAAGGUGAGGGAGGAAGCAACGGACCCGGACACGGGUGACCCGGCUUAGACUAGUGGAUGGAUGACUGAAUGAGAGGAUCGAUUGGGGCAUAUACUACCAAUGUUCAUUGUACAAUAUCGAGAUAAUGAUAUCU